UCUGCAUUUUUCUUCAUUUUCGGUUUAACUUCCAAACUACAAAAAUUACAUAAGUUCCCCCCUAAAUUUCCGUUCCGUUGGAUCUACCCCCGUUUUUAUGAUCUACUGAAAUGGAAGGACUCGGAUUUCUUUCCAUUGCAUUGUUAUUAGUUCUUGAACUCACCUUCGCUGCCGAUUCGCGAGCGCCUUCGCUCGUUGCAGACUCGCCACCGCAACUCGUCGCCCCAACCCCGUACUCUGGAUUUCCUGAUUCUGCACCACCAAUCUCACCGGUGACGGUUGCCUCGCCUCCGGCUCCAUAUCCGUCAAAUCUGGACCAAGGAAAGUCACCGGCGAGUUCUCUGGCUCCUUCAGCGAACGAUGCGAGCAAUAUCAACAACAGCGACAUAAAUGCAGACGGAAAUGAAGAGAUAACUGUUGGUGACGGAGGAGUGACCGGCGGGAAAAAAGCAGGAAUCGUGGUGGCAGUGGUGGUAGCUGCGUGUUUGGUGGGCUUUGGCGGAUUAGUUUACAAGAAAAGACGAGAUAACAUCAGGAGAUCCCAGUACGGAUACACAGCAAGGACAGAAAUUCUGUGAAGAAUAAGACUCGUUCGAGAUUAUACAGAUUUAAAAAAAAAAAUGAUUAGAAGAGGUUAGAUUCAAAUUUAUUAUUUUUAUUCUUUAUAAGGAUUUUUUCGACUAUUUUUGUUAUUAUUAUUAUUAUUAUUAUUUGCUUUGUUGAUUGUUUCUUUGAUUGGUUGGUCUAUAAAAAAUAGUAAACGAAAUAAAAAAAAUUUCAU